GGAGAAGUGGCGGUGACGUUAUACUGCUGGAAAGAGAGGGAGGGAGGAAAGGGGAAGGCUGGACUCCAUUAAGCCGAAGCCUGCGGGAAAACAGUUUGGGAUACUUCACUUCUUCAGCGAGUUCUUCGGGGAUUUCUUUCUUCUUUUGUUUAUUCCUCAUACAGACUUUCUACAUGAUUUAAGGACGGGGGACUUAUUCUGUACCGUGUAGCCGACUGCUUCAGUGUUUUUUCGUCUUUGUGAAGGAUGGCGCUGGAUGGGAUCCGGAUGCCUGAUGGCUGCUAUGCCGACGGGACGUGGGAGUUGAAGAUUCAUGUCACCGACCUCUACAGGGACGUGUCACUGAGGGUCACUGGGGAAAUCCACAUCGGUGGAGUCAUGCUCAAACUGGUGGAGAAGUUAGAUGUAAAGAGGGACUGGUCGGACCAUGCUCUCUGGUGGGAGAAGAAGAAGACAUGGCUGUUAAAAACCCACUGGACGUUGGAUAAGUACGGCAUCCAAGCUGACGCCAGGCUGCUCUUUACGCCGCAGCACAAACUGCUACGGCUCCAGCUCCCCAACAUGAAGCACAUGAAAGUCAAGGUCAACUUCUCUGACCGGGUCUUCAAGGCCGUGUCGGACAUCUGCAAAACUUUCAAUAUCCGCCACCCAGAGGAGUUAUCUCUACUGCGCAAGCCCCGUGAUCCCAAAAAGAAGAAGAAAAAGUUGGAGGAGACGGAAGAAGCUGAUCUGGAACUGGAGGGUCCGAUGUUAACACCUGGAUCAGCCUCUGAGAUAAUAUACAUCGGACCUGUGAAAGGGAGCAUCUACUCUAGUCCAGGCUUAUACAGUAAGACCAUGACCCCCACCUACGACUCAAGGGACGGCAGCCCUUUGUCACCAACUUCCGCCUGGUUCGGAGACAGUCCCCUGUCAGAGGGCAAUCCCAGCAUCCUUGCUGUGAGCCAGCCAAUCUCCUCACCAGACAUUCUGGUCAAACUGUACAAGCCCCAGUCCCUGCUGGACAAAGCCAAAAUCAAUCAGGGGUGGCUGGACUCAUCCAGGUCUCUCAUGGAGCAGGAUGUAAAGGAGAAUGAGGUGCUGCUGCUGAGGUUUAAAUACCACAGUUUCUUUGACCUCAAUCCAAAGUAUGAUGCCAUUCGAGUGAACCAGCUCUAUGAACAGGCCAAGUGGGCCAUUCUCCUGGAGGAAAUUGAAUGCACAGAGGAGGAAAUGAUGAUGUUUGCUGCCCUCCAGUACCACAUCAACAAGCUGUCAAUCAUGUCUUCAGACAACCACAUGAAUAACAGUGAGAAGGAGGUGGAUGAAGUGGAUGCAGCCCUGUCAGAUCUGGAGAUUACCUUGGAGGGAGGAAAGACUUCCAACACACUGGGUGACAUCACAUCUAUUCCUGAGCUAGCAGACUAUGUUAAAGUCUUCAAACCCAAGAAACUGACGUUGAAGGGCUACAAGCAGUACUGGUGCACAUUCAAGGAUAUCACAAUUUCCUGUUACAAGAGUAAAGAGGAGGCACAUGGGACACCUUCCCAUCAAAUGAAUCUUAGAGGCUGUGAGGUAACGCCAGAUGUUAACAUCUCUGGUCAGAAAUUCAACAUCAAGUUGCUAAUCCCUGUGGCUGAUGGCAUGAAUGAGAUCUGGCUUCGGUGUGACACGGAGAAACAGUACGCCCACUGGAUGGCUGCAUGCCGCUUGGCCUCCAAGGGGAAGACCAUGGCGGAUAGCUCAUACAACCUGGAGGUCCAGAACAUUCUGUCCUUCCUUAAGAUGCAGCACAUGAACCCUGACCUACCCAUUGAACCAGUUGCUACUGAUAUUAACCCAGAAUGCCUGGUGUCUCCGCGCUACCUGAAGAAGUACAAGAACAAACAGCCAGGCUAUAUCAGGGACUUGAUUUCAGCCCGGAUUCUUGAAGCCCACCAGAAUGUGGCCCAAAUGAGUCUCAUCGAGGCCAAGAUGCGCUUCAUCCAGGCAUGGCAGUCCCUUCCUGAGUUUGGGAUCACUCAUUUCCUUGCAAAGUUCCAGGGUGGAAAGCGGGAGGAGCUGAUCGGUAUCACUUAUAAUCGUUUGAUCCGGAUGGACGCCAGCACCGGAGAUGCCAUCAAGACAUGGCGCUUCAGCAACAUGAAACAGUGGAACGUCAACUGGGAGAUCAAGAUGGUGACUGUGGAAUUUGCAGACGAGCCCAGUCUUUCAUUCAUCUGCGCCGAAGUGGACUGUAAGGUGGUCCAUGAGUUCAUUGGUGGCUACAUCUUCCUGUCCACGCGUGCCAAGGACCAGAAUGAGUCUCUAGAUGAGGAAAUGUUCUAUAAGCUGACAAGCGGCUGGGUCUGAGCUGUUCCAGGCUGCCAGGGUUCAAUGAUUGUAGGUCAGGGGCCAGGAGGGGGAGUGGCUGGAGGUCGGGGGGAAACCUCAUUGUAUGAAUUUAUUUUACUUUUUCUCAGUCUUUUUAAUUGUUUAGGUCUGUGCUGAAAAGCCCAGAGCAGCAUGACUAUUGCCAUGGCUGACACUAUUUUUAAGGUCAUAGUUUUUUGGAGGGUUGUUUUGCAUUAAUGCUGACAAGGUCAUUUGUUGCAACACUAAUAUUGUGGUGGAUGCAGUUCAGAUGAGCUCCAGUGGUUGAGCAGAAACCUAAGUUUGUCUGUUGUCCUACAACCACCUGUCUCCUCUCCUCCUGGACUGGCCACCAACUUACGUCCAUGACAACCCUUUAACACCAAUCAAACGUCAGAAUAAAUCCCAAAGAAUCUUUUUUUUUUCCACUCCUUAUUCUUAUUCACUUUCCUUUUUCUCUCUUUUGGAACUGGACUAAAGAGGCUGACAUAAAAACGUAGAUAAAAAUGUAAUUGUAGUGCCUCAGGCACCUACAGUUACUCAUCCUAAAAGAUGGUUAUCAAGAGUAUCUAUAACAGCAGAGGUCGAUCGAUCAGAUCUGCAUGUCCAUCCUGUCCACUCUGUGAAAGGUUUUUCUUUGAAGUCACAUGUAAGUGCACUUGUGCAGUAUACAGUCCUGUUUAUGAAUAAGCUGUCCUGAACUUUCCUUUUAUUCUUUUGCUUCUGAUUUCUGUCGUUGCCUCACAACUUGUGUCCUUCUUGUUGAGUCGCUCUGUUGAUUAUGUUUUAGCUGACAGGUUUGACAUUGUGAGAUGUACUCUGUAUUUAAUAGACCGCUAAAAAUGAGAGCACACUACAGUUCAGUGCGACAGCAUGAGCAUCAAGUGGGUUUGAGUUAUCUGGUUUUCAGCUGAUGUAAAUGUCCUUGCUGCAGAAAUGUUGAUAGAGUGUAGCGCUGACUACAACCACCUAGUAUUUUUUUUAAAGCAAGGUGUAAAAAUUUUCAGUUAGAAUGUUCAACUAAGGUAAUUAACAUGCCUUUAAAACAUGAUGUCUUUUUAUAUUUUCCAAACUGUAAGCAGUCUUCUGUUUAGACAAAGCUUAAAGUGCACAGAUUUUGUGCCAGAGAGCAUUAACACAUCUGUUUGUGGCUCUUUUUCUGACCACAGUUUUAGGUCAGCUUUGAACGGCAUCCUCAGAUCUGAAACCACUGAUGUCUCAUAGCGUAGUGCAUGUACACUACAUAACAGGAGGGACAUUAUCACAUAUCCCUUGUACUGGCUUUUACAUUAACGCUGUUUUGUUUGUCACACCAUAUAGUAUUAUUACUAUUAUUAUUAUUAUUGUUGUUGUUAUCGUUAUUAUCAGUACACACCAGCAAAAGGUCACAGAGUUUAAAAAAUAAAUAUGCAAACUUUUUUUGUUCUGUCCUCAGUAUGAAGGAUCAGUAAAUGAAGUAUUUUUUUUUGUAACUAAUGUAAAAAAACACAAACAUUUUUAUAGAAUUGUACAGUUUUGUUUUGUUUUUCUGCAUUUUAGGGGUUUGCAGGUAAGCCAUCUGUCAACACGUGUAGUAAAUGUGCCUGCUCAUGUUGUAGUCUUACUGAGUUUCAGAUGAAGAUAUAUGUGAAUAUAUAUGAAGGUAACACUAGUCUCAAACUCCAGGUUUGGUUAAGAAGUUCUGUUGAGUAUAUAUAUUUUUCUAAAAUACAGAUACACAAGCCUUUUUCACUGUGCCCUUUGUCCCCUCCCCCCCCAUUUCUGCUUUCUCUUCUACAUUUCCAUUUGUAGCUCUGUCAUUUUUAGCUCAUUUAAAAAAAGAACUGACAUUGACAUUGAUGUGCUUUUUUUUGCUGCAAGUUUGACUCUAUGCCAUUUUAGGAUACUUCACUACUUACUAUUUGUCUGGUAUUUGACACAAUUGAAGUGUGCAAUUUAAUAAUGUCCGUAUGAAGGAGAGACCCUGGAGUUUGGGGAAAAAUCAGCAAAAAAAAAAAAAAAAAAA